GUUGUGCAAUGGGCUUUGGUUGUCGAGUUUAUAUUUUCAGCUGUGAUAUCAAUAGGCUGAUUUUCAGUAAAUGUGACAAGUGGCCUUUGCAGUGGUCAGCUUCAAGCUCUGAACACUCUGAGGAGGAGAAAAAAAAACAACAACCUUGCGUUGCAGUUUUGGAAAACCUUGGAUGAGGACAUUUUUUUUUUUCCCCACUCCUGCUUUCCCUAUUGAUAAACUCAGUUCUCCUGAUCACGGUCUAUUCAAGCUGCUUCCCAUCUGGUUUUUGACAACAGCUUCUAAAAAAAUUUAUCAAGAAGACCAAGAAUAGAAUUUCUCUCCAUCGCUUUUCAUAAAAAUGGCUGGGUGCACUGCCCUGCUGGCACUGCACUGAGUGAUACACGCAGGCUGACUGACAGCCACAGAGUUCACAAAAUUACUGAGAUGAUCUUGCCGAACAAACCUGUCGAUACCACUUCUAAAAGACUUUACUGAGGAACAGCCUGAUUUUAGAUGACAGUCAUGUCCCAUUCAAAGGAUCUCAAGGACGACUUCCAUAGUGACACUGUACUUUCCAUUUUAAAUGAACAGCGCAUUAGGGGUAUUUUAUGUGAUGUCACCAUAAUUGUGGAAGACACCAAAUUUAAAGCCCACAGUAAUGUGCUAGCAGCUUCAAGUCUUUACUUUAAAAACAUAUUUUGGAGUCGUACUAUCUGUAUUUCAGGUCAUGUACUGGAAUUAGAUGAUCUCAAAGCUGAAGUCUUUACAGAAAUACUGAACUACAUCUACAGUUCCACAGUGGUUGUUAAGAGACAGGAGACUGUAACAGACCUUGCAGCUGCAGGGAAAAAACUGGGAAUAUCGUUUCUUGAAGAUCUUACAGAUGUUAACUUUUCAAGCUCCCCCUGCCCUUAUGCAUACUGUGUAAGUGAGAAAGGGACUGUCAAAGAGGAAAAACAUGAAAAGAGACACGAAGACUCCGCUGUGACAAAUGGACCACGAAUUACAAAUGCAUUCUCAAUUUUUGAAACUGAAAAUAGUUUGUUUUCUCCACUUGAUUUGAGGGCAAACUUUAAAAAGGUAUCUGAGACAAUACAAACCCCCAACGUCAGCCUUGACAGAAGCAACACUUGCAAAGAUGCAGAGCCAGCCAGUACGCUGGCAGAGCACUCCUACGCUGUUUCUUCAGGGGGGGAUACUUUUCAAGGAACGCCUCACUUUGAACAGGAAAGCAGCUCUUCGUACAGUGCAGCUGAAGACCACUAUGAAAAUGUCCGAGCUACGCCACUCAUUCAGCCAGUAAAACAAGCAUGUAGUACUACUCCAAAAGCAGCCUUCAAGCCCCAGGGUACCAGUUUGGCUGUAGCAAAAGCACCAGCUUCUACGGUAGCCAAUGCAGAAGCCCAGCCUGAAACUGUUAAUGAUCAGAGGAUUAUUUCCAUUCCAAAACCUCAGAAUAAAGCAGGAGAUCUCCAUUUGUCCAGAGAAGAAGAAAACGCAUCUGCUAAUAUCUCUGGGUCUGUGACAACUGUUGUUCCACCUGCUUACAGCUGUAACUGCUGUGCAAAAUCGUUCAGUGACAGGGCGUUACUCAGUACUCAUCUUCAACUCCAUUCAGAGCAUCAGGAAACUUUCAUAUGCAAAUACUGCAGCAAACAAUUUGCAAAUCUAAAUAUACUGGAAAGUCAUGAACAAGUCUGCAUGAGAUCAAGUAGCUUAUCUGUUCACAGUGGGAAUGAACAAAAUUUUUCAGAUAAUUAUACUGCUACGGAUGGAAGGAAUGAGAGUUCAUAUGCAAACACAGAGCCUCUAUUGUCUGAAAACAGCAUAACUGAUUACUCUAAUGCAAACUGUGCUUUACCAGAAACGGAUCACUUGGUUAAAGUUGUUGAUGGGCAGAUAUUAUAUACUUGCAUAGUUUGCAAACGUAGUUAUGUAACGUUGUCGAGCCUUCGAAGACAUGCAAACGUGCAUUCGUGGAGAAGAACAUACCCGUGCCACUACUGCAACAAAGUAUUUGCAUUAGCUGAGUAUCGCACAAGACAUGAGAUCUGGCACACUGGAGAAAGGCGGUAUCAGUGCAUUUUCUGCCUGGAGACUUUCAUGACUUAUUACAUACUAAAAAAUCAUCAGAAGUCUUUCCAUGCAAUUGACCAUCGUCUCUCAGUAAGUAAGAAGACAGCCAAUGGAGGCUUAAAACCAAGUGUGUACCCAUACAAACUUUACCGACUUCUGCCCAUGAAGUGCAGGCGACUACCUUAUAAGUCCUACCGAAAUUCUACGUAUGAAAACGUUCAAACGAGUAGCCAAGUUAAUGAAACUGCUUCUAGUAACUGCUUCCUUCAGAGCUCUCUUAGUUCUGAGCUACCACCGCUGAAUUUUCAAAGUAAUAUAUUAUCAAACAACAGAACUCUUGUCUUGGACACUUCUUCAUGUAAUGAUACGGCAUCUUCCACAAAUCCUCAGAACUCUUCCUCUUGGGGAGUAGGUAUCUUAAAUUCUGAUCUGCAAAGAGACUUCUUCACAGCUGACAAAAGAGUUCCCACUGCUACAAAAGACUCUGGUUCUCAUGAGUAUGAUUCCUCAGUUGUGUCUUUAACUAAUGUGAACGAAAAUUCAACCUCUGUAAUCAGUUACAGCAGUUCUGCACCCUCUGUUAUAAUGCACAGUAGCAGAGUUUCAUCAGUAAUAAUGCACAGUAAAACAAUCACUUCUGUAGAAAACAGUAAAACAGAUUCUUCUAAUGCUGUACCUAGUCAGCCUGUAAGUGAUGAUUGUAAGAAUGGGUCGGAUAAUUAUGGAAAAUGUAUUACAAAAUCAAAACCUAUUAAGGAGAAAAAGAAAGCACUGCUGUGCAACAGAGCAGAAGCAGCUGAGGAUACGCAGCACGUCCAAGGAACCGGAGGUUCAUCUAGCAAAACCACUAAUACUGCUGAAGAGUCGAGUAAAACUGAGACUUAUAUUGCAAAGCCUGCCUUACCUGGAACAUCUACUGACAGUAACGUUGCUCCUCUUUGUCAGAUAACAGUAAAAAUCGGUAAUGAGGCUAUUGUAAAAAGGCAUAUAUUAGGAUCUAAGCUGUUUUGUAAAAGGGGAAGAAAAUCUAAACAUGAGUCCAAACAGGACAAUCUAAAUGAGGAAUCAGAAACAGAGGUAAAAGAGAAAAGCCCAUCAAGGCUGUAUAGCUCAGAAUGCCUGGAGCUGACAGAAAUGUGUGAUGAUGUAAGUGAUCAGGAUUCCAGUGAUAAACCCUGGAGACCAUAUUACAAUUACAAACCGAAAAAGAAAUCUAAACAGCUAAGAAAAAUGAAGAAGACCAAAUGGAGGAAAAAGCAUGGAAGCAGGAACACCAUUAUGGAAAGUCACAGUCCGUGCAGUCGAGAGUAUGCACUCAGGAGUGCUCCUGAAGACAAGGCAAUUAGUCAAGAAGAGAACACAGAAAUGCCCAGUCUUCAUUGUGAGCUCUGUGAAGGAGAUCAAAACUCCACUACAGAAACUCAAGAACAUGUACAUUGGCAUGUAUCUACUCCAAAGCCUUACAUUUGUGAAUUAUGCCAAAAACAAUUUCAAAGUCCAUCCACCUUAAAAAUGCACAUGAGGUGUCACACAGGGGAAAAGCCCUUCACCUGCAAAACCUGCGGUAAAUGUUUUUCAGUUCCUGGAAAUUUACAGAAACAUGAACGUAUUCACCUGGGUGUCAAAGACUUUGUCUGCCAGUACUGUAAUAAGGCAUUCACUUUAAAUGAAACACUCAAAAUACAUGAAAGAAUUCAUACUGGAGAAAAACGCUACCACUGUCAGUUCUGCUUACAGAGUUUCCUGUAUCUUUCCACCAAAAGGAACCAUGAGCAAAGGCACAUACGUGAGCAUAAUGGAAAAGGAUACGCGUGCUUUCAGUGCCCCAAAAUUUGCAAGACGGCAGCUGCUCUGGGAAUGCACCAGAAGAAACAUCUAUUCAAAAGUACGGGUCCACCAGAUAGAAAAGAACAGUUCUGCAACGAAAGUGCUCAGCUGUUGGAAAAUCAACAUUUCCUUGGCUCAGAAAGAAGCGAAGGGAAAACCAUACAAAAUGUAACUCCAGAAGUUACACUCUGAGUGGCAGUUGUGCAAAA